UAAGUAUUAUUGUUGCCAAGAUGUCUAAAAAGUUGUAAACUUUCCAAAACACUCUCUAAAGCGUGCUGAAAACAUAAAAAGUUAAUUCUUGGCGGAUUUCCGUUGGUACAAUUCGGCCACUAUAGCCAGGAGCGAGCGCCCUCUCUGUCCCUUGUGUUUCAAUCAACUUAUUCAGUUGAUGUGCAGUUGCCAAUCAGAGUGGUCGUUACAUCGAUGGAACACCGCAUUGAGGAAAAAAGACGCCAUUGAUUUACGAACCAUGAAGGACCCUUCAAGUCAACCUAGUGACAAACCCGACCUUCUCGGUUCAUCCGCACCGCUUUUCAUGUCCUUGCCCGUGGCUGGAAUUGCCAUGGAAACUGAAGUGAACACCUCAGUCGAGGUUCGAAAUACUCAGCCCGCAACAGCAACAACAGUAUCAACAACUCCGUCCAUGACUCCUCCUUGUUCUCCUUCUCCCUCUCCGCCUCCACCUCCGCCUUCGUCUUUGCCGCCUCCUCGAAAACCCUCGGCCAUUGAGGUGGAGUUGGAGCUGCUCAGACCUUUGUGGCACGAGGAAUUUCUCCAAAGGAACCCCGGAGCCAGUCCAGACCAAAUCAAGAUUCUUGUGGACCUGAAGUUGGAGGAGCUCAGCCAAUUGAUACCCCGUCGGGGCGUUUUCGAAAAGAAAUUCCGAGACAAUUGCCAAAUGAUGCGCGAGAUCAAGGAAUACCUGGAGCACAUCCUCGCCAAGCUCCAAGGCAAGGCUAUUAGUGACUCCUCGGCGCGGAUUGAAGAUCACCACUCUCAAUUCCUCAUCAAGGACUGGGAAUCUGUCAGGUUACCCGCCCUUGAGCAUGACUUUCAACAGGCCUCUCAGUCAUGGUUCAAGCCCACUACGGAUCCCCUGUUCAAGACAUUCUCGUCCAUUAAGAGCAACUUCACCAAUCUGAUCGCUCAAUUCGAAUAUGAGCGGUCCAUGCGACCAGUCAUUCGCGGAGUCAUUCCUCUCAAAGCCGUGAACAAGAGCGUGACCCUCGAAGAAUCGCCUCAAACAUAUUCAUCCCCAACAGCGACCAACAUUCCACCCUUUAAUGGCGACAUGAGCGAUCCGAACGUGCUUGAAAAAUUCGCCAAGUGGAAGAAAGCUUGGUUGAAACUUGUCCAUGAGCUUGAGAAAUCAUCCAAGUCCAACUCCAUUGUCCUGUUCCAAGAACUGACCAAUUGCUUGACGGGUAAGGCACUCGAGUUGAUUUCCCAUUACCCUAGACGGGAUAAAAUUUCUUAUGUGAUGGCUCUCAAGGAUCUCACUGACCAAUACCAAAAGCAUUCACCCAAAAAGCAAAGUGAGCCCCCAAAUGGAGUCGGAGCCCAAGUGAAACCGAGAUGCACACGUCAAGAGCUCAUUAAGCGUGCCUUGAUGGCUCUGAAGAACUUGCGAAACUUUGUGAGACGUAACAACGUGGACAUGCACAAUUGCGCCUUUAUUGCAGCCUUUGUCCGGGCCAUGCCUUCCGAAUUAAACCACGAAUGGACCAAUUAUAAGGUUGAGAAACAAAAAGAAUACGAGGACCUACGUCAUGCUUGUCAUCUGAGUGGAGAGAAGCUACCUCCUUGGGAAUCCGGCAUGGUCGAAAACUAUGCCAGUGUCAAGCAAUGGCUUCUUGACGCGAGAGCGGACAAGUCAAAAUCAACUCGUUCAAAAUUGUCGGUUUGAAGAACGACCAACACAUUGCUUUGCUGCAUCAGUCAUGUAUGAAGCACUUUGAGAUUCAUAUCUAGCUUGGCUUUCAAUUUGUUGUGACCCCUUUAGUGUUGACCCUUGUGAGAGCAACAACUCAGUACGAAAUGCAUUUUAAUUCUGAUUCAACAA